CGUCGACCGUUCGGUGCGCUUUCCGUUCCCGCUGUGCGCCCGUUUCGCAAAAAUCCUAUACGACGCGACCGGUGUGUGCGCGCCCGUCUCCCGACCGAGACCCACCUACGGGUGCGUCAAAGGCUUUCGGAUAAAUCGCCGUUCGCGUAGACCGGAACACACGACAACGGGUUCGCAACAACACACGAUCGUUACGCUACGUUUCACGUUUCACGUCGUCCCUAACGGCGGUUUAGGUGUUCGCGCGCACGGCCGACCUUAAACAUGUCGUCGAGCGUUUUCGCGCCGUCCUGGGGACCGGAAUUGGCAUCGCUGAUGGAGCAGCGGUACCGACGGUAUCUAGACUUUUUCGGUACCUUCAAAUACACAAAUAUGGUCAAGACGGCCUCGUCGGCUGCGUCGGCGGGCUCGUCGAGGGACCACCAGCAGAAAUCUGCCAACAUGAGCAGAAUGAAAUAUUCGCUCCAGCAGACGUCCUCGUCCGCGCCUUCUUCGUCGACGACCACCACCGCGACGAUGGCCCUGCCCCAAUGCAAGGUGAAGCGGAACUACGCGUGUGCCAAGUGUGCGUAUUACACCCAAAAUCCGCGUAGCUUCCUGCAUCACCAGAAGAAUGUGCACGCCGAACGGCUUAAGGUGUACGAGUGCUCGCACUGCCUGUACGCUUCGAAGCACAGCCAAAAGCUGCAACGGCACGUGCAGAUGGUCCACCGGUCCAGCUCCAAGGGCACCAGCAAAGGUCACGGGAACAAGAAGAACGGGAACAGCAAACCUCUGCUGGUGCCACCGGUCCGGAUCCGAGUGCAGCGUAGUUCGGAGAAACACACGGAACAGCAGCUCGGAGAGCUGGUGAUCGUGGAAAACGUGGACGUGAGAGACCCCGCGAACGAUACCGAAGAUAUCGAAGAAGACAUUGAGGAAGACGAGGCGGACGAGGACGAGGAGGGGAUCGAGGAAGAAGAGGAGCAGAAUUUAGACGAGGAUAUCGGAGAAGAGGAAGAGGCCGGAGAAGAGGAAGAAGAAGUUGACGACGAGGAAACGGAAGACUGCAGCGAGGAGGGUUCGCCGGAUCAGGACGAGUUCUCGACCGCGGCCGAGUCGCCGCGGACAGCGGACGCGACGCCUCCGCCGGCAAAGCCACUGUCGUCCAAGAAACAGUACAAACUGGAAAAGCAAUCUGCGAAUUUUAUCCGAUGCUCCGUGUGCCCGUUCGGCAGCCACAGCCAAACGUUGGUGAACCGGCACGAGAAGACGGCCCACCUGAAGAAAAAGUUCUUCCGGUGCAUGAAGUGCAACUAUGUGACGCACAUGCGAGCCCGGUACACCAAGCACGUGAAAUACCACACGAUGCCGAUCAUCAAGUGCGCGGACUGCGACUUCAGUACGCCGUACAAGUGGAACCUGGACAGGCACAACCGCAACCACAGCACCAGCGCCCCGGGCACGUACAAGUGUUCGCACUGUUCGUUCUCCGCCGACAUCAAGCAAAGCCUCACCGUGCACGAGACGAACCACCACGUGCCGCCGGUAGGCGGUGUGUCCACCGGCGUGGGGAUGCACCGCCGCCGGUACAGGGUGGGCGCUUCCGACGCUCCCGGCUCCAAGGUCGACGGUACCGAGAUCGUGACUUACGAGUGUACCAAAGACGGUGGGAUCGUUGAGAUCAUCUCCGAGACGAUGACCGGAUCGGCGAACAAGAACACCGGCAGCAAUAGCACGGUGGUUAAGAAAACGACUACGGUGACGAGUCCGAGCACGGCCUCGGUGUUGAAUACUACGACCGCAACGACGCCGACAACGUCGCCACCGUUAUCGGUGAUUCCAGCGCUGAACGCGUUGGACACGAAGUCCGCGGCCACCGAAGAGAAUAAAUUGCCGCCGGCUCGCCGCCCGAUGCCCAGGCUCAUACCGCUUGUCGACCAAAAGGUACAGCGACGGCCGCCCAUGAUUAUCCGGUUGCAACAGCCCACGUCACCGUCGGCCGACGAUAACGCGAACGUCGACGAUUACUACAACGUAGCGGCGGGCCAGAGCGCGCUCAGCGAUUUCGCGUCGCUCAUCGACGACCACGAGGACGACGACGGUGGCGCGACGUUCGACGGCUGUUACUACGCCGGCCGCGACAGCCCCACGACCGAGCCGACCGGCAUCGCGGCCUCCUUGGCCGCGGCGGACCGUCGGCCGAGCGGCGGCGGCAGCAGCAGCAGCACGUCGCCGAAGAGCAAGACCGCGUCGUUCUUCGACAAGCUGAAGACGGUCGACAGCCGGCCCGCCGCCUCGAACGACGACGACGACGACGACCAAGAGGCGCAACAACAGCAGCAGCACCCGAUGGAAAACCGGAUUUUCGUGUGGAACACGGCCGCGAUCUCGGCGCCGCGCGACGAAGACGCCGUUGUCGCCGUCACCGCAGAUGACGACGAGGACGGAGUAGAACAACAUUCUGUUACCAUAACGCCGACCAACGGACGUACACCGAUGACGGAACGGGGUGCAGAAGAGGAGCAGCCCGAGGAACCGUAUCCUACCUCACCUGUGCUAUUGAAACGGCAGAUACCGCCGCCGAACGUCAGAAAAGAAGGGAAAAUGUACAAAACCGUGUUCAAAUGUCCGCAUUGCACUUUCUGGGCGGCCACCGCGUCGCGUUUCCAUGUGCACAUCGUCGGUCACCUGAACCGCAAGCCGUUCGAGUGCUCGUGCUGUGCUUAUCGGUCCAACUGGCGCUGGGACAUUACCAAGCAUAUACGGCUAAAGUCCGCGAGAAAGAGUGGCGGUGAGGAGUCGGCCUUGGCCGCUUACUCGCAUCAAGGUGCCAAGGUGUUGAUGACGGACGAGACGGGUCGCCGAAACUACAGCAAGUACAACCGAUACCUGACCGUCAUGGAAAUGGACAUUACCGACGGCGCGGACAGAGCAGCAGGAGGCGACUGCGAAGACGGCAAGGGCUUGGCCAGCAAGAAAUCCGUGGGCGGCGGCAUCACCAGAAAACGUCGCACAAUGCCUAUCAUUGGCAAGGUCCAAACCAAAGGGCCGACGCUUAAAGCAGCAACGGGUGCCGGUGGAACAGUAAAAAGGUUCAAAAUCGUGCUCAACUCGAACCAGGCGCAGAAGCAGAACAACGCGGCCAAACAGCAUCACCCCCCUUUGCAGCCGCCCCCGAUCGCCGGUGGUGAUAAUCGUGGCAAGACCGUGUGGAAAUGCAAAAAAUGUUUCUUCAGGGACUGUGAUCGACUGACUGUUUUGAAUCACGUCAAGCAGCACUACAAAAAUGGCGAAUUCGGCAAUAGGAGUGGGUUCCAACAAAAUUCGUCACAACUCAGAGACGCCGACGACGAUACAACCUCAAAUAAUCAAACCAAAGUGGGAACGAAAAAAUUGAUAGAAUUGAACGAAAUUAGUGAACAAAAGAUGUCGGUCACUGACUGUCGAAAGACAAAGACGCCUAUAACCAGAACAUCAGCCGACAAAUUAUUGCUGUUGUCCACUAACCCGAAAUCGUUAAUGCUUUAUGAUGACGAAAAUUUUUUGUCGUGUCCUCUGUGUGACGUAGCUUGUAGCCGGGGUGAACUAAAAGACCAUAUACAACGUAUCCACAUUCCCGAGGAAACAAAGUACCGAUGCGAAUAUUGUCCGUUUUGGUCAGAAGAAAAAAAAGCAAUGUUGGAUCACAUGAUGUUUGCUCAUGAAUUUGACGACGGUAGCGUGAAUACCGAUUUCAAUGCUUCAGACAUAAAUUACCAAAUCGGGCAGCGAGAUGAAUCAAAUUCAAAUUCAAUAAUUGAGUACGAAGAUAACGACGAAAGGAUUGAAGAAUGUGGUAGUAGUAACGAUACAUCAGUUAAUAUGGAAAUGUUUGACAGUGGAAGUGGUGACAAUACAACAAUGAUCUCCAACAUGGAAGUGGUGUACGGAACCAAUGAUGAAAACUUGAUUGCUGAAACAGUCGAGUGCAAACUCGGUUUUGACGAUAACGAUGGAGACACAUCAGUAAAUACAACGAGUAAGAGUUUUGAGAAAACCCGCUCUGACAACAAUGUAAAUGACUCAAUGGUUACCUGCGAGUACAGUGACGGCGAAGACGACGAACACGCUGAGGAUGAUGGAAUAAAUACUAAAACCAAUACCAGUGCAGCCGAUCCCGUAUCGGAAGACACUAAUGAUAGUCCAGAGGAAGGCGCAGAUCAGUUGUUUGAAUGCACCGAGUGUUGGUACUUUUCAAACAAUAAGAGAGACAUAAACGCGCAUAAACAACUGCAUGCCAAACGAGGCGCACUGUACAGCUGCACGCAAUGCGUGUUCAACGUGACCAAGUCCGCGGUGCUGUACAAUCAUUACAGGUACGGUCAUGUGGUUGAGGAACCCGAGCUUCAGUAUCCUGAAGAUUCUGUAGUCCGGGCCGGACAAAGGGACAUGAUUUUGAAGAACUCAGAAAAAGAUAUGGAUGAUAAGACGUUUAAUGCGGCGGCAGAGGCCGAAAACACCAGCGGCCCACCCAUGGUAUGGAGUUACAACAAAAGCAGUGUUCCGACUUUCUUUAAAGUUUUCAAGUGCCGAUACUGUCCGCAUACUAACCGCCGGCGGCACAACACAAUUGAACACGAGCGUAUGCAUUCGGACCAUCCAGACCAUCAACAUCAUAGAGAGCAGCAACAGCGCGCUGCGGGUAGCUCAAUUACGCAGUCUCCUAUGCAUCCGUGUAAACGAUGCACUUAUGUGUGCAAUAACGCUGGUGUAUUGGCAUCGCACACCAAAGUGCACUCAACAAGUUAUGGCUGCGCUACGGUAGGCUUUUACGACGGGAGUAUUUCAGACUCGGUGCAGUUGCAAGCGCUCGAACAUGUCAUUAAACUGGAGCAGCAACUGUUGUUGGAUAAGGACUAUGAUGACAAUUACGAUAAUGACAGCCAAGAUGAUACGAAGUAUACAGAGUUUGACGAUCCCGAGCUUAAGUUUUGCCCUUACUGUCCCGCUCGAUUCUUCUUCCAUUUCGACCUUCGAUGCCACAUUCGAUUUCACAAGUCCUAUGGCUGGCCACAUUCAUGCGAUUGCUGUUCGUUCACCGCUCGGUCCCAAAACCACGUGAGCUCUCACGAAGUUGUGCACUGCGAUGAGUAUGCACAACGAACGGAGGAAUUACUAAACUCCGGAUACCCGGUCAGUCAACAGUUUCCACGGCCUUCAGAAUAUACAGAAUCGGUAACUGACGAUUCAUUUUCAUGUCCUCGACAACGGUCUUGGUCACUGCCUCAAUCAGUUAAGAAUGAUGAUAAAACGGAUUCACUUGAUUCUGACGGUAGACAAAGUCGGCGAAUCAAGCGUUUAAGAAAUUCUGAUAUUACUGCUGAACCGUCCUCAUCACCCGAAAAACAAGAACUCGCUGAGAAGACCACUAAAAGGCGACGUCGAUCUACAGCGAUUGACAUGACCGCCAAUACGACCAAUACCAAAACUUCGCCUCAUAUGCCAUUGCCGGUCAAAACAGGUGUUGCAAUGAAAACCACCAGUUCUGCUGCCAACAAGACUCUGAACAAUACCAAAGCCGUUGCACUCAAAAGUGCUAGUAACUCUGCCACCACAGCUAAGACCAAACUCACAAAAUCGAACUACGUUAGGCAAUUCAUGUGCGACCAAUGUCCUGGUCGAUUCUUUAAAUCCGCAGCAUUGCAAUACCACAAGACAUUGCACGGUGGUCCGGGGCGGCAUCAUUGCCGGAGAUGUAACUAUGCCGUCAGCACUUAUGGAAAUUUAAUAAGGCAUGAAGCUGUACAUCGAGACUUACCUCCCAGAGAAAAAGUGAAAUUUGUGACGUCGAAAGUGCCGAAAUCAAAGGAUACUUCUACGGCUGAUAAUAGCGCCAGCUCUGCUACAACAACAAUGCUGUCACCGCAGGAACUACCACCGUUGGUAACAAAUAAUACGAACGACAACUAUGACGAUAGCAAUUCGUCAGCUGCAGCCCAAGACGAUGAAUUUCCACUGGACCCUGAAUUUGGUACAAUUAUGUUAGGUAACCCGGAUUUCUACUAUCCGACCACUUUGAAAAAUGGUGUGGCCCAGCCCAAACGAUAUAAAUGUCCUAAAUGUCCUACGGCGUUCGACAAGCGCGAUCAAUAUGCCAUGCACCUGACUUUGCACGGAGCUCAAGACAAGUACCGGUGUGAUAAGUGCGACUAUUCGGUCAAGUAUACGGCCAAUUUUGUUCAACACCAGCGGAAACACGCGCGUGAUGCCGAGAUUCGAAAGAAUUUCAAGCAGGAGGCUGAACGGUCCAAAAUGAUUGCAGCCCAGGAAAAAGCGUCCAAUGCUCUAAGGGAUCGUAGGAGAUCAACCACGAAUGACCGGCAGUUGGUGACUCUAGAACCUCGGGAAACGAAGUUUCGGAAUGAGAUAUCCGACCGACAAACCGCGUACGAACUGAAUGCCGCUUACGGGCCCACAUCGAUCGUCAAAGACGGAUCCGGAGAAACCUUAGCCUUGUACCGGUGUACUCACUGUCCGUACGAGACGGACUUACGUGUUCAGCUGGAGCGACACAUCGCGCACCAUCAGGACACCAAAAGUGGCCGUAAUUCCGUCGAUGGUUCGUCGCCCACGGCGACGAAACGCUCGUGGAAGCGCGCAUGUCGAUUUUGCUCUUACCGCACGUACGGAGAGUCGGACUUGACCGAGCACACUCGCGUGCACUUUUUACGGUCGACUGGUGUGGUGCUGGCUUCGUUGGCCGCAGUGGCCGCCAAUGGAAAGGUUAGUGGCAACGACAUAAUCGACUCUUCCGACCACGUGGAAUUCCACGGGAAGCGCAUAGUGUACAACAAUCGGCGACGUGAAAACGACAGCGAGGAAAAAGAUGACGACAACGCCGUGGACAACGAUGUAAGCCAGCCGGUUGUUGACGAAGACCCGUUUUUCGUAUUUAAAGAUCGCGGCACCGACUAUGCCAUUGGUACAGGAGCGGGCAGCAACAACACAACCACUGGCAAACCUAGUAGGUUCAGCCCGGAAGUUAAGCGGCCCAAGAUGCUAAUCGAUAUCAACGACAAUCGUACUAGCGGUUGUGCAACAGAUAAAACUGAGAAGGAGAAGACCUCAUUCGUACGGUUUAUUAACGGUGGCAAACGAUUAGAACUCCUAGACAACAGAAAUGAAGUGGAUACCCCUCCUCCUAUAGAGAUCGAAGUCAAAAAGAAAAAGAGUAAAAAAUAGUGGUCAAGGACCCUCAAGGAAAGUCACGGUUUCAAUUAUCUUACAUCCUUUGUUUUUUUUUUCAUGUUCUCGCUUACAGAUGUUUGUUUUUUCCCCCUUAAGUUAAGUUUAACGACAUGAUUAGCUCCUUCAGAUAAUCUAUAUCUGUCGGAGUUUUUUCAUGGCAUAUGUAGUUAUUAUUUCUAGAUUCACUUUCAUUCUUUAUUUAUUUACUUAUGACCACGGUUUUUUUUUUUAUUAUUACUAUUAAUUUUUUUUUUUUUUUUUGAAACCCAAUUGUUAACCAAUUAUUAUUAAUUUACUCUAUUGUUAAAAUAUUAGCUAUUGUACGUUCUCGCCGAUCCCUGUGUGUGAGCUUUUGAACACACUAUUAAAUUUCAUAAUAAUGUACGCUCCCCUCCCCACCAAUUUAUCAUUAUUAUUAUUACUAUAUUAAAGGUGUAAAUAUAUAAAAUUGCAAUGAAAAAUAAUAUCGCGUAUCUACAUGCGCGUUUGAUUGAAUAGUACUCACUUAUAAUUUAUUAUUAGUAUACUGUAGUAAUCGUUGUUAUGUAAUAUUUAUCGGUUAUCACAGACAAUUGUAUCGCGUUUGGACCAAUAUUUUUUAUUUAUUUAUUUAUAUCGUACCUUUAGAAAGUAAGGACGGCACACUUAAGCCGUUGUAAGUAGUCUAUUAUUAUAAUAAUAUGUUUUGCAUUCACAUACUCACUGACACGUAUAUAUUAAUGUAAACUGUUGUAUUUUGACUGUUUUAUUUUCUUCUUUUUGUUGAUUAUACAUAUGUACUCAUUUAGACAA